ACUUUCACGUUAAACACAUCAAAAAAAUCCAAAAUGAAAUCCCGUCCGUUUCUUUGUUGCACAAUUUUCGUGCUUGGCGUCUUGCAAUUUUCCCCUGUCGCUUCCAAUUCUACUUCCAUUAAACGUUUUUCGCAGCCAACGACGCUCGAAGAGGACGCCGAGAACGAGUGCAAGGACCAGUUUGCGGUGACGGCAAAGCAGCUAUCGCAACUCCAUAAUCGCGACUUUGAGAGCAUCGACCCGGUGGACGAACGCGUGCAGUGCUUCGUCAAAUGUUUCUUCCAAAAAGCGAAAUGGGUCGAUGCCACCGGGAGUCUGAAUCGCACGCAAAUGGAAGCCGAUGUGCCGACAGAUGUGCGACACGAAAUCUCGCAAAUUGUGCAACGGUGUACGCCGUUACAGGGUCAAACAGCCUGCGAAACGGCCUUCAAGCAGACCAAAUGCUUCGUUGUGGAAUACAAAAAGGUCGAGAAGGAAUAUGCGGCAAAGUUUACCGACGAUUCGGCACAACAUCUGUAGAGAAUUUUUUUUUGUUGGGCAUUCAAUUUGCGAGUAAAUUCUAUAUUCGACUGUGGUGAUACAAAACAAAAAAUAAUAUAAUAAAAAUUUAUACAAUAAACGACGA